AUGACGAUCUCAACGGGAAGAUGCGUUGUGUUGAUUCUGAAUUCGAUAUUUUGGGUAGCGCUGGUGCUCUUGUCCCUGCUCUUAUUUAUUCAUCACGAUAAAGAGCUGGACAUUCCUAUUUCAUGGAUGAAGUCACUAGAGCUUCCGUUCGGCAUAAGCAUGAUCGUUCUAGUCGUACUCUUUUUCACCGGUUUGGCCGGGUUACUUGUCGUCGUCAUGGGCGAAAAAUUUCAGAAAAUCUUUAUCGCGAUAUUCAGUUCUAUGCUGAUACUGCUAACAUGUCUAUUGACAACCCUGUCGUACAUGGAGUAUUCUCACCAUGAAGAAAUUCGCGGCGAGUAUCUGAUGCAGUUCGACGAGUCGAUUAAAAACUACAACUCUAGUCGUUCGACAAUAAAUAACUCCACAAACGACGACUGGUCGAAUGACGGAAGCAUAUACAACGCCGAAGACGUGGACAGAAUUCAGUCUAUAAUGAAAUGCUGCGGCUCACAGAACUACACAGACUUCGAGGAGUCACCCUGGGGAAAGAAGCACACAGAUAUGGCGCCCGAAUCGUGCUGUAACGUCGACCUUAUGCAAAAAAAUAAUAUGACAUGUCGAGCGUUAAAUUGGAAAGAAGAAAGUGAAUUGAUCUACGCCCGAGGAUGCCACGACAUCGUGGAUGCGGCAUUUGUCCACUGGCUAGACACACUUAUCGUCAUCCAAUGUUUUCUAGUGAUUUGUACAGUAAUUGCCCUUUUCGGCAGCUCUAUUUGGAUUCGUCUAAACAGGCAAACACGUAGCCAAACCGAUUACGAGCCCCUGCUCGAUGAAGAUUAA